AUGUCGUCCCUCGUCUCUGAUUUCAUCAUCAACCCUGUUCUGCGCCAAGCCCGCCGAUUCUCUGAAAUCUCCCGUUCGACAUUUGCCGGCGAGGAAAACGCCGCCGCCACCGCGCCGCCCGAGGCCAUAAGCGACGCCUCCGAACCAGAGCACGACGCCCACGACAAUGUCGCCGUCAUACCCUCUAGUCCCAUCGCCGAGCCCUCGAGUCCCGUAACCCGGCCGCUCUCCGAAUCUGCGGCGACGCCAGUCACACCUCGCUCUUCGACGAGCUCCCCGCCGCGCGACCACCUCGGCUUCCCGGCAUCACCUCGUAAGGCUGGCGGGCCUAUCCCCGAGGACGAUGGCAUGAGCGCGCUACGGGCGCGGAUACACCAGAUCAAUGUGCUAGAAAUUGGGCAAGCCGAGAAGGCCAAAUUGAUACACGAAAUAUUGUUGGAAGGUUACCGCGCCUCGCGGCCGCACCUGGCUCCCAUAAGCCCCGGUCGAGAACCAACAGCAGCCGAGAUAUCACGCGAGUACCGCGUACCGGUGCCCAUGACGCUUGAAUCACUGAAAUUCUGGCAGAACCAAGUCGGCGAGACUGCUGCCGCAGAAAAGUUCCUGCUCACCGAUGCCGACCUGGCCCCGACCUACGCCCCCAUCCGGCUGCCUAAGAACGCCGAUGGCACCAGAGACCCCAUCACGCCGCCAGAUAUGCAACCACCCCUGGGAUGUGCUCAUUACGAACGUAACGUCAAGCUCCAGUGUUCUACCUGCAACAAGUGGUACACCUGCCGCUUCUGUCACGAUUCGCAAGAAGACCACAAUCUCGUUCGCCACGAGACGAAACACAUGCUGUGUAUGCUCUGCGGUACACCACAAAAGGCGUCUGAAGCCUGCGUCAACUGCGGUGAAACCACGGCACAUUAUUACUGCAAUAUUUGCAAACUCUGGGAAAACCGCAAGAGCAAGCCCAUCUAUCACUGUGACGAUUGUGGCAUCUGCCGCCGCGGCCACGGCCUUGGCAAGGACUUUUUCCACUGCAAGACGUGCCGUGCUUGUAUUACCACUUCGAUUGAAAGCUCUCACAAAUGCAUCGAGCGCUCCACCGACUGCGACUGCCCCAUCUGCGGCGAGUACAUGUUCACUUCACCAAAGCCUGUUGUCUUCAUGCCAUGUGGCCACAGCAUUCAUAAGAAGUGCUACGACCAGCACAUGAAGGUGUCAUAUAAGUGCCCCAUCUGCAACAAGAGUCUUGCCAAUAUGGAAACGCAGUUCCGCAACCUGGACCUCUUGAUUCAGGCACAGCCUAUGCCUGCUGAAUUCCGAGACACCAAGGCUGUCGUGCUGUGCAACGAUUGCUCUGGGAGGUGUACGGUGCCCUAUCACUGGCUUGGACUCAAGUGUCUCAUCUGUCUUUCGUAUAAUACCGUGGAACUGCAGAUCCUCGGCCGCAACAGUGAGAUCCUACAGGCGGCUAAUGAACGACAAGAGGAUCCUCCGGUGGCUUCCGAAGCAAUGACGGCUGCACAGCCAGUGAGCAUCCCUACGGAACGUCCGGCGGGCGCUAUUAACCGCCGCCGACACUCUUCUAGCCUGCAAGUCGACUCGCAGCAUCCCGUGCCAGAUCGGACUGCCAGGUCACUCUCACCACAACCCGUUUUCCCCGAGCACCAUAUCCUGCCGACCAUUAUGGCUGCGGAGGAGGACUCAGAUAACGACAUUCUCGGCAUUUGGGGUCGCUCGGGAGGAGAGUCCAGCAGCGAUGAAGAGGAGGUGGAAGAGUACGAUAGCGACAGCGAUGGUCUUCCAGAAAUGGACGACGAGGACGACGAGGAAGAAGACGACCCAAACGAGAUUGUCCUGAUCGGUCAUCGAUGA